AUGACAAUUUCUAACAAUUACGAUGUAGAGGUAUCAGAGAGAGAAAAGAGAGAAAUUUUAUUGCCUGCUCUACCGCUCCAGGAGCAUGUUCUUCCUUUCAGUAACAUAGAUCUAACAAUGCCUGCUCUUGCCGCACAUGCUUUUUUCUGGUAUAAAAAACCCUCUGAGAGUUCUUUUACGUCUGUUGUGCCUAAUCUCAAGAGUUCUCUCUCCAAGGCUCUUGUGUCUUUUGAUGCGUUUGCUGGAAGAUUGGUCAGUAAUGGUGUUGGGGAAAUAACAAGGGUGUUGAAUUUGCAAGUGGAGUUCUGCAACCCCAUUGCCGCUGUGGGUGACAAGCUUGUCCCUCCUACUCUUGCAGAUGACUCUCGAGGAAAUGGAACUCCAGUUUUUGCUGUUCAGGUAACAAAGUUUAGCUGUGGUGGAAUAGUUGUGGGCUGUACAUUCGAUCACAGGGUUGCAGAUGCAUUCUCUGCCAACAUGUUUUUCACACAUUGGUCUAAUAUUUCUAGAAACAAAAUGACUGAGUCUACAAGUCCAAGCUUUACGCGUUCCAUUCUAGUCCCUAGAGAUCCUCCAAAUUGUUGUUCUGAAAUCAACAAAAUGUAUAUGAAACUACAGCCUUUACCAAACCCCAUCAAACAAAUCCUUGAGCCUGCCAAAGCCAGUAGAAUCUAUUAUCUUGGUGUCAAAGAUAUAGAAAAGCUCUAA